GUACUGUACAUCAUCGGUGUUGGAUCCUGUACCCAUCCGUGCUCAGAAUCCAAGCUUUUGUACAUACGCCGGCCGCAAGAUUUGCCUGCGCGCGCGCAUACGCGUUGGUGUUACGUCCACGAAUUUUUACUCGCUCUCUGUUCAGGCAUGCAUGUGACCUGGGCCGUGCUCUGCUGCAGCUGCGAGCUCCCUUCUACUACCAGCUUGGUCAGUGUCAGUCUCCCUCCCUGAGUUGUCCUAUAAAUCCUGGCGCGAGCAGUUGCGGCGGCCGGCGGGCGAGCAGUGAGGGGGCCUCGUGAGGGCGCUGGGUCCUGUGCUGUCCUGUGCUCACGCAGCCGCGGGAAGGGAAGCGAGCAAGUGGUGUUGGAAAAGGGAGCUGAGGGAGGGGCGGAGGGCAGGCCGGCCACCGCGCCACCGCGCAUGGACUGGUACGCGUGGCUGUCGCGGACGGGGCUGGCGCCGUCGCUGACGUACGAGUACGGGCGCCUGUUCAGCCGGAACGAGCUGGAGCCCGGGGACGCGGCGCACUUCGACCACGACCUGCUCAAGAGCAUGGGCAUCGCCGUCGCCAAGCACCGCCUCGAGAUCCUCAAGCUGGCAAAGAAGCAGGCGGACGACGGCGCGGAGGCGGCGGGCGCCUCGUCCUCGGCGGCCUCGCGGCUCGCGCGCAGGGCCACCAGGUGCCUGUCCCGCUGCGUGCGCCGGCUGGCAGGAGGCGGAGGACGAGACGGAGGCGGGAGGAGCCGGAGGGGCGCGUCGUCGGUCACCGUCGUCCCGAGGAUCUGCAGCGGCGACGACGCCGUCCGCGUCGGCGCCGUGCAGCGGAAGAGCACCGGGAGCGCCAGCGCCACCAAGAAGAUGGUGCUCAUGAUCACCGACGGCGUCGUCGCCGGAGGGGCCGGACUCAGGGGCGGCGGCGCGAGGCUGUCGGCGUCGUCUCAGAAGGCGAGCCUGAUGUUCCAUGACUGCUACCACGACGAGGAUGAGGACGACGAGGAGGGUGGAGAGGACGACGACGAGGACGGCGGCGCCGGCGACGACGACGACAUCAAGUGGGACUCCAUGUUUCAGGACCUCAAGCCCACGUGAACUUGUUGUGUCCUCUCCGAUCUCCGGACUCCGGCCGCUGCCUGCUGGAGUUUGAUGUUGCUGCGUGGGUCAGUCGUCAUGGCUUUGCUUGUGGACUUGUGGUGUGAUGUGAGAGAAUUUUAACAACUCUCCUCAUGGUGUUUGUUGUCCUCCCUUCCCUGGGAAGAGGAGAACAUAGUAGUACUAGGAAGAAUGUGUGUUUCGCAAUGUUGAGCAAAAUAAUGUCGAAAAUGUGUAAUUUCCUGCAUCGGAUUUGCAGUGUCAAAAGCUUGAGCAACAAUCAAAGGCCAGCACUGCAUAAAAUUACCCCUCGCCAUUGCUGAGUAAACAAAAUGUACUGCCGAUGCAUGACCAACUUCGCUUGCCAAGUCUGAAGCGGCAAUGUACAUUCACAACCUCUGUAUGCCUGACCAUUGCAAUUGCAAGACCAUUUUUUUA